GUCCUGGUUAUGGUGGUGUUGGUGGUGUUGGUGGCGCUGGUGGUGCUGGUGGUUACGGUGGUGUUGGUGGUGUUGGUGGUGUUGGUGGUGCUGGUGGUGUUGGUGGUAUUGGUGGUGCUGGUGGUUACGGCGAGGGACGCGAUCUUCAUGGUGGAUACGGCCAGGGUGGCAUGCCUUUCAACUUCGCGUACGCAGUCAAUGAUGAGUACAACGGUAACGUGCAGAGCCACAAUGAAGACUCAGAUGGCAAGGUGACAACUGGCCAGUAUUCCGUCCUCCUCCCUGACGGACGCACGCAGAUUGUCAACUUCCGCGCGGAUCAUGAUAGAGGUUUCGUGGCGGAGGUGAGCUACGAUGGCCAGGCUCAGUAUCCCUCUCAUGCUCCAGGGCCUGCUGUCACCUUCCGUCCCGCUGUGCCGCCCUCCCCACUCCCUGACGUGUACCAGUCCCCCUCUUCGCCUUCGCCGCCUCAAGUAGGGUACAACUAAUGCUGCGGCUCAGUUCUAAUGCCUUCUAAUACUCUUCGCUAUACGUACCGUCCGCGUAUAUCGAACCUGCGUAUAUCGAACUUUAGGUUUAUAUCGAACUCCCGCCCCUGAGCAAAGCGCGCUAAGGAGGUCGGGUCGCUGUUGUGUCAAGCUUCUGCAGGUGUUGUUUGCAUCCCAGCCGAGUAUGGUAACGAAAGCUUUAUCUUAAGUAAGUGUGCUGCAUACCUUAGUCAUCCCGUCACUGGUAGAAAACGAGCAUAAGACAGGUGAGCAUUCCAAGUGUACGGUAAUUAGUAUGAUUUGUGGUGAUGUUAGCUAUUUUUGUUGCUCGUUUUUAACUUUUUCUUUUCAUUUUUCUUUUCUCCCGUAUUGCUAGGUUUCCCUUCUCCUCCUCUUCUUCCUCCUCCUCGCUCCAGUUCUUCCUCCCAAAGCUCAUCCCCACUACAGGCAGGAAUCAUACGUGUUGUUUAUUUAAGUUCGAGUCUCAGCGAGGCCCAAAAUAUUUAAGUUAUCAAAUACAAAAAAUAAAAAAAUAUACAUAA